AUGAGCACCGGCGGCGCGGACAAGUCCGGCACCGGCGGCGGCGGAGCUGGUGGGCCGGUGAAGACGCCGUCAGACUUCCUCAAGUCGAUCAGGGGCCGCCCCGUCGUCGUUAAACUCAACUCAGGCGUCGACUACCGAGGUAUUCUGGCUUGUCUGGAUGGCUAUAUGAACAUCGCGAUGGAGCAAACCGAAGAGUACGUGAACGGCCAACUGAAGAACAAAUAUGGCGACGCCUUCAUAAGAGGCAACAACGUCCUAUACAUCAGCACGUCAAAGCGGCCCCUCACCGACGGAGCAUAG